GUUUUAUAUACGCUCCGUUACUCUAGAGACAAAGAUACUUUAAUUGAUGCUUAAAAUUUAGUCAUAGACAUAAAUAAACCACCAUUGGCAAGUGUGUGUUAUAAAUCGUUCAAUAUUUUUGACUAAUCAAAGUGUUCAUUCUUUUCGUAAACAUAUACCUCAGGAUAUAAAUACAUGGAUUCUGGCAUGAGCUUUAUAGACUCAAUUCCAAAUGAACAAAACGAAGUAACAGUGAUAAGACAUUUGUCUGGAUUUGCAUAAUUUUCACAAAGUAUGCUCAACGCAGAAAAUAAAGUAAGACGUAAGCUAUUGGAAAAGGAACUCUUUCCAUACGAUCCAAGAUAUUGGAAACAAGUGAGCGCGAAACACCAGAAAUCGAAAUGUUUCAGGUACUGAUUCUUUUUGGUAUACAAAUAGUCCUAUCAAUUGGAAUAACACUUGGUUUGACGGUAAUCAAGUACAUAAAAUUGAAUUUAUCAUCUAUUAGCAGAAUAACUGAUCAAUCGUACAUAAGUUUAGUUCUAAUAAUUGUUGAGGCGGUGCUGGCAAUAUUAAAUGAUGGGAUAUUAGUGUUGCUUUUGGUUUCAACAGCAGUGCGAAGAAAGUAUCCAGUAAAUAUUGUCCUUUUGAUGUUAUAUACGGUACUUACUUCAUUGAUGGUUGGUCUUCCAUUCACAGGUUUGGAAAUUAAAUGGCAACUUAUAGCAUGGGCAGUUACUUUGUUAUCGUUUGUAGUAUUUACAUUGCUAGGAGCAUCUAUUCGAAUACGUUUAUUAUAUACAAAUUUAUGGUUUAUUGUAAUCUACACCACAGCGUUUAUUGUUAUCAUAGUUGCAGUAUUUGUCUCACGAUAUUUGAAAAUAAUGGUAUGUGUUGAAAAGUUAAUGCUGAUUGUAGGACAGGCAACAUUUGGUAGACAAGACUUUCGAAUUGCCGGUGAUGAUUACUGUUUAGCUGCAUUGAUUUUGUACACCGUAUUGAUGAUGGAUUGGUUAACGGUCACUCAAAAUUUCCAAUAUUUCACAAACAACACACUCAAUGAAACACGAAACAGUAACAGCAGUCAAGUUUCAUUCGAAGUGUUGAAAUCUAAUAAAAUGCUAUUAUAGUAUUAGAAACAUUAUUCAGAUUUUACUAUACAACUUAAU